AUGACUUCCUUCGCCCAACCUACAGCAACAUCGCUAGUAGAAACAGCGUCGGUGCCGGGAGAUGCAGUUCCACCAUCUACUAAACCCUCAAACUCUCAUUUAACACCAAGUACGCUAGAAGAUUCGACCCGUCUGAAUAUAAGUGUAGUCAAUAUUUGUAUCAUUACGCUUACGUCUGCUUUGCUGUUAGAUAAGGCAAAUGCGGAAACAUUGAGCGAAAACUUGAUAUUUCUAAAUGCUGUCAUUCUUACUUUGUCAAAUUCUUUCACAGAUACAAAAAAACGUAAACAAUACGAAGCAGCAGAAGGAGUGGAAAAGGAAACAAAAAACGAUGUAGGUCAGACCAUGGCGAUGUUCUCAAAAACUGUUCGACACUCACUGCAGCAAAGGCACGAUAACCUUCAGGAAAAAUGGAUAUUGGAAUCUGGAAAGUGUGUCGAGGAUAUAUCAUUCGAAGCGGGAGAAAAACUAUCUUCGACUCAUUACGCUUCUUCUAAUGGCAAUAAGACGUUGUAUUUUAGGUUAAAUCUUUACAAAAGCGAUCCAUCUCCUUCCCAGUUAGAAGGAAAACUCUCCGAAGAAUGGUGGCAGAGGAAUGUGUGGCAAAUUUGUAACAGAUUUUGUGAUGAAGUGUCCGGAUGCUUCAUCAUGGUUGAAGAGAUGACUUUGGAUUCAACGCGCAGUCGAAAUAACAAGCUACACAUGGAAACGGGAACACCACAAGAGAUUAAGAUGAAGACAGGUGCUCGUGCUGACUUCGUUUGGCGCUCCUUAUGUAACCCAGAAAAGGAUUGGGCAAUCGGGGAGGCGGCUCGAGAGUGGGAUCCAUUUUCCCAAGAGUAUGUCAAUAAAGGCGAUUUCAAGCUGCCGCGACAGCUCCAUGACAUCCUUAUCUCGCGGUCAAUAGAAGUAGGAGGUCCAAGCAAGUUGCGAGAUGCUUUAAUUUCAGGAUUACUUUUUAAAGGCCCUUUUGUUCAAUUUGUGUCUUUGUGCUGGGGAUUAAAAGGAAGAAAUGUUAGCAGAUUAGUCAAUCGGAAUAGAGCCUCAUUGGCGGCAUGUAUUAGCUCCAUGUCAGAAACUCUGGUUGUAUUGGUUUACCUAUUGUCAUUCCGUGCCUCAACUAUGCGUCUUAUGGAAAAAUAUAAAAUCGCUGACAAGGACUUCAAGAAUAGCUCCAAGAGCCUGUCCUGA